AUGGAUGAAAACCGACAUCAACCUGCCCCUCUCUCCUCCGUUUUCUCACUGUAAACUCUCCAGAUAAACACCGUUUUCAUACCUAGACAAGCGACCAUCAUCCCGCUGCCAUGGCAAUGUCAACAUUUCAGAAGGUGACUCUCGUUACGUGUCUCGUGCUGUGCGUCGCGCUGCUGCUUCCCAGAAUGCUGUUAUCCCGGGGGAGGAAGGAUGCUGCUGAGCGGCCGGAGGGUUCAGGCCACCUCCCUCCCAUGAUGCACCGUCAGCUGCCUCCUGAUGGCCGAGGACAGAGAGCUGCAGGCGCAGGUUUGUCCAGAGCUCACAACACCGAAGCCAUCGCUAGGGCAAAAGGAGCAGGAACAGGGGCAGGAGCAGGAGGCAAAUCCAACCUGGCGGGGCAGAUCAUCCCCGUGUACGGCUUUGGGAUCUUACUCUACAUCCUCUACAUACUGUUCAAGAUCACCUCUAAGGGGAGCAGCAAACCGUCAGAGAGCAGAUUUCCUUCAGUUCGCUCGGAGAACAUGAAGAGAAAGAUCACUGACUUUGAGCUCGCUCAGCUGCAGGACAAACUUCGAGAAACUGAGCUGGUGAUGGAGAACAUCGUCUCCAACGUCCACAGCAGUCCUGACAGGAUGAAGGGAGUCAUGGCGGAUCAGGAGGAGAGCCUCCUGCAGCAGCUGACUGAGAUCACGCGAGUGAUGAAGGAGGGGAAGCUGGUAGACGACGUGGUACCAGAGAAGAAGAACCAGGAGGACUGGGAAGGGUCUGCAGGUUAUCCCGAGGAGCCUCAGCAGUACUGGGAGCACCCCCACUGCUGCUGUCAGCACGGCGAGCAGCACCACGGCCCAGAGACGGAGGGUGAUGCAGAGAGGACACAAGCUGACGGAGCCGAUCAGGAGAACUUACCCGAGGAAGUAGCAGGUGGAAUGGAAGCAGAAACUGAGACUCUGGAUGAACCAGAUGUUACAGCAGUGAUGGAGGAGAGCAUAGAGCCACAGAGAGAUCAUAAUGAGCUGGCCGACGUGUACGAACACUCAGAGGAGCAGGGAGGGGGUCAGAUCGAUCUGGGCGUGGCGGAAGAGGACCUGGCCGGAGUCCUGCAGGAGCUGGAGAUCUCCCUGAAGGUGACGUCAGCGAUGGAGCAGGAGAAGAUGGAGGACCUGAGCAAGUCAGACCUGAAUAAGUCAGCGGAGACAGAAACGCCCUGCAGCACGGUCAGACGGAGGAACAGGAGGAGGAGAGCCAAAAAGGCAUCAUACUGACUUCAAACAAGGCUGCUCAUGAACUCCUGGGCCUGGUGUUGGAGAGGACAGCUUGGCUCCUUUUACUUAAUUUUUCUUUUUCACAUUGUGUGAACUUUAUUUAUAUCUACUUGAAGAGAACAACAAAAGAAAUGUGUGCAAAGGGAUGUUUUAUUGAGCUCAUAUCAGCCUUAUCCACUCAUUAAUGAUGACAAAUUUAAAUAGCUCUGAAUUUCAUAUUUAUCCAUUUAGAAAAGGUGGCUGUCAUUUUUGAACACUCACAACUCUGUAAAAGAGUAUUACUUUUAACUUUGACCCAGAGACAUUCAGGAAUGCUGGAGGUAAGCAUUUGAUGUCUAAAUUUGAAUUUUAAAGGAUGGAUGUAAACAAACUUACUGUAAAAUUGGUGUAGUUUAUGAAGGAUUUGGACAACUUAAAAAAAUGACAAUUAAGUCACAGUAUUUACAUCAGUUUAAUUGAACCAGCAUGCUUUGUUUUCCUUUGCCGUAAUAUUUUUUAAUCCUGUUAAAAUGCUGACCAAACUUUAAGCUUCUUGCUGUUUGAGAAGAUUGAAAAUGUUAACAAAAAAGACAGAAGUAAAAAAAGGAAUGGGUCCACUGUGUUUUAGAGUAUUUGCACUGAUUCUUCAAGUGUUGCUUUUAUUCUAAGCUUGUAACAGACCUGCUCUUGUGUGCUCUUAAAUUAUUUAAAGAUUUUCACUUUUAUAAUCUCUA